AUGAAGAGAACACUAAAUCUUCAGACAACCACCACGAUCACUAUACUAGUAGACAGCAGCGACGAAGAGAUUGUGGAUGGACCUUCUAGCUUGCCAUUGGGAAAUGCCAUGACCAAUGGCGGUGCACAAAGUGAGACGAUUGGCAGUGAGGACUCCAUACCUGAUGAAGAUAAGGACGAAGACGAAAGUGGAGAGGUGGCUUAUGUCCGGAACGGAUCGUAG